AUUGAGAAAUGCCACACUGUACAUCAAUUCAGCGCGGAGCUACGAUGAAGGAGCGUAUGUGUGCGAGGCCUCCAACACUCUGGGCCACAGCCGCAACACAGCAAUACUGAAAGUGGCUGUGAGUCCCAUCAUAGUGAACUUCGUAGAUCGGGUUAGCUGCAGGAUCGGGGGGGCAGUGGACCUGUCCUGCAUGGCUGUUGGGCUUCAGCCCAUCAAGUACAGCUGGACCCAGGGCAGAGCAGAGACAUAUUCAGCCAUAAGCCCCAUUGAGGAUAGACACAUUGAUGAAGAUGGAACUCUGCAUAUUUCAAAUGUGCAGUAUUCUGACGUCGGGGAAUAUUUCUGUACUGCUGAAAACCGAGCCGGACGACAUCAGAGACGCAGCAUCCUCGCUGUCACAGCUGAACAUCGUCCAGCUGAUAGAGGCAAACAGACAAGACUGGUUUUGUUUGCUAGCACCAAAACAAGCAAAGACCUGCCAGUGUCCCAAUCCAGUGACUCUAUGGCUGAGCAACAUCUUGGGACAACCCAUAAUCCACAUGUGCAGGCACAGUGGCAACAUGAGGCCGCAUGCUCCUUACCCCACUGUGAUGCUAAAACAAACAGAGCACCUUCUUCGCCUCCACUCGUAAAGGGAACAGUGGCCGAGCUAAAGAUGCCAUCCCGAUCACUUGGCUGGUUUUUACAGCACAACCCAAAUCAUCCAACAACCAGUCCAACUCAGUCGUUAGUCACACAGAUGCAGCCUCCUAUGUUGCUACCCCCUCCACAUCCCAACUUCCAGUCAGUAGAUAUCUACUCCCCCCUGCAGCAUACUAGAGCUCCUCUUAUGAUUUCAAAAAGUGAACCACCAAUAACACUCAGCCAGACAUCAGUUGCCGCCGACAAAGCUUUGGGUAAAACUUUGAAAUAUCUACUUACUGAAAGUCAGUUCCAUUUGAGAGUAACAUCACCACAUACACAAUUUCAGCAGCAAGUCAGUGACAAAUUGUUGAUAAAACCUGAUCCUCAGGGCUCUAACAUCCAUGCUGUGUCUAUAGCCAGUCAUAUCAUACAGCCCUUUACUGAGACGUCCAACCUUUCAUUGGGUGAACCCUUUGGCUUUCUCAAAAAGGAUUCAUAUUCAUUGACUAGAACAGAGAGUUCUGUAACCUCAGCUAAGAUGACCCAUUCUGGUUCAGUUACUCAGUCUUCUGCUUCAAAAGCUGAGUUGCGCCAAACAAAAACACACAAACUGACUACCAAAAGUAAAAUAUACUCACUCUACCAUGAGCCAACCUCAACUCACAUUUCUCAAACCAAACCCCAGCACCACAGUCUACAUUUACACCAGAAAACAGAUCUGCAGCCAUCACCUGCCAUCUCACAAAUAUCUGAAUCCGACACACGGCAAACAUUUACUCCAAGUCUUUUUCCGAAGUACCAUCUUGAGCUAUGGACUAUCCCACAUUAUCUACCUGUCUCAGAACCUCCAACUUCUCCGUUCACAAAGCCUCAACAAAACCCAAUUCACACUCAGUCAACUUCAACCAUGUCUCUGCUUGCUCAUUCGUCUCCAACACAACAUCCACUGCUCCACUCACAAUCUCCUCUGGUACAGACUGAAACUUUUACACUCCAAAACAAAAAACACACUUCAAUCUCAACCAUCCAUCAAACCUCAGAUCCUUCAACGCUGGAAACUAAGAUUCCUGUUGUCCAUCAGGUCAACAUGUCUGACCAGGUACAGCUGAAUACCAGCCAGCAAGGUGACCCAGUUCAGUCGAAUAAAUCUGGCAAUAACUCAGAACUUACAGAGUGGCUGAAGAGGAACACCUCCCAAUCACCUAUGACCAGCAAUGACCCCAGAGUAACACAGCAGUCUCCAUCAUGGCUGCCUGUGCUGGAGAAACAUGACAUCCCCAUCGUUGUGGGAGUGGGUGUAUCUCUGGCCUUCAUCUUCAUCACUGUUACCUUCUAUGCAGUGGUCCAGAAGAAUGAAGCUGCACCAACCGUCCGAGCAGCUCAGAGGAAUCUAGGUAUCCCCAUAAGACACACUGAAUGUCGUGCUGAAGGACGUUCCUAUGAAAACAGAGCUUUUGAAGAUGAUGACUGUGUGACAGUGAUUGAGCAGAGCCCUAACACAUCAGACACCCGAGCCCUUCCUCCAGGCCUGAGCCUGGUCACGGUGAAGAUGGAGCCCACAUUUGAGGAUCUUCAGGAGGACACACAGCCUGCCCUGGAUGAUUACUCAGUCACUGUAGAAACUUACCCUGAGCCCAUUCUCGACACAAAGAUUGAUCCCUCUCUGGAGGAGGAGAAGCGCAGCAGUUUGUCCCAGCCCAGCAUCCAGCUGCAGUGUGCUGAGGACUGGACCAGUAGCAGAGGAGAUAACCGCUGCAGCCCAUGCCACAAUGUCCUGCCUCCCCCAUCGUCUUUACCCUCCCAUUCACCUUCCCCCUCUCCACCAUCAAGGCAUCAGGAGGGCCUGCGCUCCUCAUUAACCCUUCAAAGUGCUGAGGCAGGUGGAGCGCCCAUCCACCACAGCCUCAGCAUCUCACAUGGCAACCACCCCCUGCUUCUUUCUCACCAAGUCUCCCUGGGCCUCACUACAGUGGCAGUAGAUGUCCAUUUUUACCCAGCAGCCACUGCUUCCGUGGCAGUAGGCACUAGCACUCAUAUCAAUUCAGUCUCAAACUCCAUUUCAGUGGCUGCACCACCACUGUUCACUUCUCCGUUUGUAAGCAGUCAGGAGAAUGACCAAACAGCUCCCAGAAUUCAACAGUUUAAGUAGCAAUUAGAAAUUAGAAAAUACUUUUCUCUUGUUCAAGAGGAAUUUACAGGAUCCAGGAGGUGCAUAGCUAUGUUUAGCAAAAAGACUGGAUGCUACAAGAAAAACCUACCACUCUGUCAGGGUUUAUAAUGCACUUACUAACCCAUAUUAAAACAUGAUGCAACACCUUUGUUGGAUGUGUUCAACUAAGCGAGUAAGGGAGUCGUAGCUUCACAAUUUAUUGUGCAAAAAUGUAUUUAUGUUUAUCCAUUAACCUGACAAAUCUGUACAGUGCCUCUACUGCUCCUGACUGUUUACCAAGAGAUUUGUUAAGAUUGCAAGAUCCUCUAUUAAAAAAAACAGUGCUUGUUUUCUGUUUUUGUACAGAUUAAGUUAAAAUCUGGAUCCAUCAUGUUACGUUCUUACCACUAGCUGUUUUCUACCUGCCUUUAGUCUUUAUGCUAAGCUUACUGGCUCCCGGCUUUAGCUUUAAACAAAGGCUAGUGGUAUGAAUUUUCUCAUCUAACUGAAAUGUUUCUCAAAAUGUUAAACUCUUCCUAGUCUAACUAGUAUAACAUUGUCUGUAUAGAAAUUUGAAUAUUUCUGUAAAUAUGUUGUAAACAUAUCUUUAGCACAGCACCUUCUGCUUUACUCCUGUGGUUACAAUAUUUAUUAUGGGACUGUGGAGCAGGUGACUUCUGAAAACAGUUACUAGUUGCUUAUAUUUUACUGCUGAAACAUGAAGGAGAAAAAUCUCAAUGUUAAGUAAUGAUUUUAAUAUUAGCUGUGUAGGAAUCACAUGUUUUAUUCUGAUUUAUAGAGGGUUAUUGGUUAUGGUUUACAAACAGUAAGGCCUAAAUGUGUGCACAGUAUUGACUUAUUCAGUGAAACAGCCAAGGAUACUUUGUUACAAAAUAAAUGUUUCUUGUUUCAGUGACCUGCUUAAUUUCUUUUAUCAAACUACUUGACUGUUAAGACCUUUUUGAAACCAAAGCAGC